AUAUAAUCUUUUGAAUAGAAAUCCUUCCAUUAACACUUGUCUCUAUCUCUCUCAUGUUCUGUAAUCCCUAAAUCCUCAAAUUGGGACAAAUUAGUCUCUCUCUCUCUCUCUCUCUCUCUCUGACACCCUUGCUUGUGCUUGGAGAAUGCGUUCUGUGUAGUCAGCUGCUGUAUUGGAAGUGAGUGCAAAAAUGAGUAACGGUUCUUGGUUACCUGAAGAGGACUUGAAGGUUCUAGAGGAUAAUUUCUUCGACAAUCUUGUUGAUGAUAUCGAUGAUUUUCCCCUUGAAAACAUCGAAACCGCUGAUGAUGAUGAGGAAGAUCGGGUUGCCAGGCCUCCACCAUUCGAUGUGCUAACAAGUUUGUACACUGAGUUAACUUGCAAGAACCAGGCGAGUUCUUCAAAUGUCUCUUCUACUGUUGAUAGCUCCCCUCCUGAUGUCAAAGUCUUGAAGCUAAUUCAGUCUAUAAGCCCAGUCUCAGUUCUCGAGAACACCAGUGGUUCCGCCUUGUCCCAUAACCAAAACAUAAUUCAGGGACUUGGAGCAGAGAUGUCUCAGCAGUUGGUUCCGGAUGAAUCAGAAUCUGAAACUCACCUCUCUUCUGAAAAUUCUGCCAAGAAGAAACGCAAGAAACAGAAGAGUCUUGCCCGGAAAUGCACUCAUUGCGAGACAACCAGUACCCCGCAACGCAAGAAACAGAAGAGUCUUGCCCGGAAAUGCACUCAUUGCGAGACAACCAGUACCCCGCAACGCAAGAAACAGAAGAGUCCUGCCCGGAAAUGCACUCAUUGCGAGACAACCAAGACCCCGCAGUGGAGGGAAGGACCCCGUGGGCCUAGAACCCUCUGCAAUGCUUGCGGAGUACGGUUCAGGUCAGGCCGUCUUUUUCCAGAAUACCGUCCAGCAUCAAGCCCGACCUUCAUCCCAACUGUACAUUCAAAUAUGCACAGAAUGAUCGUUGAGAUGAGAAGGAAAGAUGAAGGCCAGCUUGAUACCUGAAAGAUCCGUACCGUGACUUCCUGAGCAUAGGAGACUAAAACAGGGCUUUGUAACUUUGGUCUAUGAUAAAAACAAAAUUGUGAGUAUCUCUAGAAUUGGUUAACUCUCUUCUCUUGGAAGACUAAUGUUCUUAAAAACUAGAGUUUAGUGUUUGUGUUUUUUUUUUUAAUCUGAUGCGGAGAGUUUAGGGUU